GGGGUAACGACUUCCGGUCUCGCAUAGCAAACUCACCACCCCGCUUCGAUCAACAGCAAGAACAGCAACAACAAUCAUUUGAACCGCCGUCACACCCAUCGCGAAUGGGUGGUAACCAGCAACAGCGUUACCCGCCGAGUGGACCCGCUGUAAACUCUGCCCCAGGCCGCGUAAGCAUCUCCGCACACGCUCGUGGACAAGCCCUACCCGACCAAAGCCAGAUUUUCGAAUCCAACUUUGACAACAACCGUGGUCGCGGACGAGGUGGGCAUUUUCAGCAACGGGGACGUGGAGGGUUCAGGGGUGGACGAGGGGGUUUCUUUCAGCAAGCACAGGGUGGAUUCCCUGUUCAGGGUGAACAAUUCGGGAUGGCUCAACAGCAAACACCAAGAAGAUUCAACAACCUUACUUGGCAGCAGACACCCACAGGCCCAGCUAACGAAGGAUUCACUCCAGGUAGACGCCCGAGCCAUGGUGAUCCGUCUUAUAUGUUUCAACAAGAACAGACGCCCUUGGGGCGAGGAGGUAGUCCAUCCAACGCCGCAGAUGUCGCCAACACCGGCGUAAACGACAUUCCUCUAGGACCAUCUCGACUUUCGCCCGAGCAAACACGAGGCGGAUUUCAUAACCAGGGACAAAGAGGGCGCGGCCGAGGUGGAGCCGGAAUCAGAUUCGAACUUGGUAAUAAAGGAAGAGGAGGGGUUCAGCAGUUCCCUCAGCAACAACAGUUUCACCAGCAGCAGGGCCAGGGCCAAGGACGAUGGAGGAAUUCGUUCCAGCCGGCAAACCAGGCCUUUCAGCAACAAGGGAACUGGCAGAAUCGUGAUCAGAAUUUCCCUAACCAGCAACCGCAGAGAGAGUCGUUUGAUUUGCCCCAAGAUGCACCACUUGCUCAGAAUGUUUUUAUACCGGAAGCACAUGUUGGAGCUCAAGCGGUCUUGUCUCAGCAGACUGGUAUGACAGAUCCGGUUCCCACUGUCAUGGGACAGCCCGACGCUUCUGUCCCCCAACAGCCCUCGCUGCCUAUCGUGCCUAUCGCGCCGUCAGAUCCCGUUGUUCCGGCACCCGGCUUGAUGGGUCCGCCGACAAUACCUGCUGCUGCUCCUGAGCAACUCGCUGAUGUCGCGGCCAAUAUCCUGCAGAAUGCGGAGGCUACCGCAGUUCUCCGCCAGAGCGGUGCUACUGUGGGUACGAAGCGUUCCGGAGACGAUCUACCUGACAGACCUGCCAAAGAGGCUAGGAUUGACACUUCCGCACUGACAAGACCCCGUACUAGGAGAGAGGGCGUGUACGAUCGUAUCGGACAAGUGGGUGAGGGUACCUAUGGUAAAGUUUAUAAGGCCACCAAUACUCUCACCAGAGAGGUUGUCGCGCUGAAGAAAAUUCGAAUGGAGAAUGAGCGUGAUGGCUUCCCAGUGACGGCAGUCCGUGAAAUCAGGCUCCUUCAAUCUUUGAAGCACAGAAACGUGGUUCAGCUGCUGGAGAUGAUGGUCGAGAAAAGCAGCGUCUACAUGGUAUUCGAGUACAUGGAUCACGAUCUUUCCGGUGUGCUGGCGAACCCCAAUUUCAAGUUCGAGACGGCGCAUAUCAAGCACUUGUGCAAACAGAUGCUCGAGGGUUUGGAGUACCUUCACCUCCGUGGCGUCCUGCACCGCGACAUCAAAGGCUCCAACAUCCUCCUCUCCAACUCCGGCGAGCUCAAGAUAGCCGACUUUGGCCUUGCUCGAUUCUUCCAUCGCAGCAGAAAAGCAGCCGACUACACCAACCGUGUCAUCACCCUCUGGUACCGUCCACCCGAGCUUCUCCUCGGCGCCACGGCAUACGGCUCCAGCGUCGACGUAUGGAGCGCAGGCUGCAUCAUGCUCGAACUCUACAAAUCCGAAGCCUGCUUCAAAGGCCAAGACGAAAUCAGCCAGUUGGAGAUCGUGUAUGAUGUUAUGGGGACCCCGACCCCCGAGACUUGGUCCGAUGCGGAUAAAUUGCCGUGGUUUGAGUUGUUGAGGCCGAAGGAGGCGAAGACGGGAACGUUUCAGGAGGUGUACAGUAGGUUGUUGAGUCCCACAGCCAUGGAUCUCGCAGGCAAGUUGUUGUCUUUAGAUCCGGCGAAGCGACCAACGUGUACCGAAGCCUUGCAACACCCCUACUUCACGACUGAAGCCCCGGCCCCGAGUCCCCCAGUCGGGUUGGGCGAGAUGGUCGGCGAUUGGCACGAAUUUGAAAGUAAACAGCGGAAACGUCAGGAGAGGAAGGAAAAAGAGCGUCUUGAGCGUCAAGUUUCUGGCUCUAGGAGCGGUCAGGAGAAAGCAUAGUCAAAAAGUUUGCGGGGAGGAGAGGAUACCAUAUCUUUGUUUGUGCGAUUAGGGCAUCUAUAUGCAUAUGAAUCCGGCGUUUUUGGGAAAGUGUGGUUAAUCAUAUUUCGUAUUGGCAUACGAUUACGAUUUGCAUGCGAGUGCGUCACAAAUAGGAUACGAGAACCUAUAGCUAUAGGCAAAAGCAUCAUUGAAAAGAGAUCA